UCAUGUACCACAACAGGUUUUUUUAGUAUUUUGACCAACUUAGUUUUUGAAGAACAAGCAUACGCAGCCAUCCCGAAAAUUUUAGCAAACCAGGUGGAUUUAAAGACAAAUUAUGAGGAAAUUUUGCUUUUUUGCAAUGUCCAAAUCAGUGUCUGAUAUUUAUGAACUUGUCCAGUUGUGGUGUAAUGUAACUUCACAUACACAAUAGUUAUCACCACAGGAGCUUUUAAUAGCGCCAAAACUUUCAUUGUUAUUGUUGACCUAUUGUUGAAUAAACACAUGAGCUUUUUUUUGCAUGUUGAAAACAAUAGAGUUCAUGUCUUGCACACAAACUUUAAUUAGCUCAUGUAAACUUUGUGAAACCUAUUGCUAUAUUUGACUAUUAUAUAUAGCAAAAUAUGACCAUUGGAUCAUCAAUGGUCAUAUUUAAGAAAAGAAAACAUUGUACCAAGCUAUAUUUUGUUCUGAAACGAUAAAAUAGCAACCCUUAUGAAGCUUGAAAAUCACUAUAUUUUGCCCCUAAAGGAUUAGAAAACGACUUAACGCCUAAAAACUGCUGGUAUCUUGUUUCUAAGAUGAAAACGACCCCUACAUGUAAAGUUACAUUCAAGCAGUACUGGAGCUCACCAAUAAGAAAAUUUGUGCACGGUGGAGCAUGACAUUCUAAUCUAUUGUUAUCUUUUGAAGCAAACCUAUAUUUUUAUUAACUAAACAGGCUGGAAAAUGUUUUUUAGAAAACAAAUUUACGUGUGCUGUCUUCCACAGAUCCCCUUAGUUAAUUCGCCUUACUAAGAUUUUUCCAAUAAUGUUUUUGUAAAAGGAUAAAUAGUGAUGUUAGAAGCAACCAUUAGCUACACUUGGGGCAAGUCAGCAAGUAUUGCAACCAUUUCAAUCAUAAAAUAGGCUUUGAAGAGAGAGAGAUGUGCAUAUUUUACAUGGCUAGUCUCACAAACAUUGAGGGAUAUACCCUGUCUAUUAUUUCCAGGAGGGACCAUGGCUUUGAUGGGUGUGUCCUGAAGUAUUUAAUGUUCUCUUUGAGCUAUGCCAACUCAAUUAGGGUCAGUGCUCUGGCAUACAACUCCCUGCAACAUCCAAUGGCCAUUCAAUUUUUCUCACAUGGCUUGGGUUAACCCGGGUCUAUGGUAAUAUUCAAUUGCCCAUAUUGAAUCGCCACCAAAGGGAAUCGAACCCCAGUCUCCCGCACAAAGUAAUAACCACUAAACUACGGCACCACAAAAUCUACGGCACAGUGAAAAUAAUUCAAUAGGUAUCAUAUUAAAAUAAAUUCAUUGCAGGAUUGAAAUGUAAAUAUGGGAGUGGAACGUUUUAGCCAAUUUUCUUUUUGCCCAACCCUGCACAAUUACUUAGUCUCUUCACCAGCAUUUUUUCCAAGUGACCUUUUCAGAUGUUCUUGGUUAAUACAACUAAAUUAAAAAAUAUAAAUCUGAUAGCUUUAUAACAAAUCGUUUUAGUGAGUCUGUUAAUUACCUGAUGAAUGAGAGAUUUAUCCCUUCAAGCAUGUUGAUGAAAUUUGCUGGAGAUGCCAUAUCUUAGAGGCAGCAGCUCAGGAUUAUCAGUUAAGUCAAAAGGCACAACUAGCAUCAAUUCUGUCCAUCCAGAAGAACUGCCUGAUCAAGCUAAAGAAAGGACAGUGUGUUCUCAAUAUUUAUUUUGCACUGAAGUAUCUAAAGCAAAAAAGUCAUUUUUUAUAGAAGUUUCAUCGGGCCGAACCAUCUAUGUACAACAGUAUGCCCAAAAGGAAGAGCAUUUGUUUGAUGAAAACAACCAAAUUAAAAACGAUUCCUCAGUUGUUUUGUUUUUAAUUCAUGGUGUUGGAGGAUCCUCUGAUAUGUGGGAUGCACAGAUCCACUACUUUCUCAAUGAAGGUUACGAGAUUGUUUCACUUGAUUUACUAGGACAUGGAAAAAGUUCCAAACCAAGUAUUAAUGCAGCUUACUUAUUUGACAAAUUAGCCAAUGAUGUUUUAUACGUUUUUGAUAUGUUUUGUAAGCGUAGAAAUGUAGUGAUUGGACAUUCCUAUGGAAGUUCAUUUUGCACAUUUCUUUCAAAAGAAAGAGGACAUAGUAUUUCUAAAAUGGUUUUAAUUAGUGGAGGUGGUCCAACAACAUUAAUGCCUGACCGUUGUAGUGCAUUCUGCCUGCCAAUGCCAAUGUUUUACCUACUUAGGCCAGCACUAGUGAAGAUGUUUAGAAGAAUGGCAUUUCAUGUGGACACAAAUGAAAGAAUUCGAAAUAAGAUCACAACAUUUGGAAUAUCCUCGCAUGUACUGAAAGCUGUUAUGCAAGGACAGCACUGGUCUGAGGCUGACGAACAAUAUCAUGCUGAUUUGCUGGUACCAGUUUUGUUAGUUUAUGGAAAAGGAGACCAGUUUGUUUCAUAUGAAGAUGAAGUAUGGAUGAACGAGACUUUGUAUGGUUCAGAGCUGGAAAUUAUAGAGAAUGCUGGACAUAUGGUCAUGGUUGAAGCGCCGACUAUAGUCAACAUUGUCAUCCAUAAAUUUCUAAAUCGAGAUGUUAGCACGCGGCUGGGGCAUGUCCAAACACUUGAAGGUGACGAAGAUGAAAAACAAGCAGGAAGUCGCUUUAGCCGAUCUUCUUUUCAUUCUCACGAUGGUCACGUACGUGAGCGGGAAGAUUCUAAGACGUCUGUACAAGUGAGACCAAUGAGUGCAUUCUCAUUGCACGGAUAUGGUAAAGCUGGCAAGGAAUCGUCAUGUUGGGAGUCCUCUCCUUCUGCUCCUCCACGUGCUGCAUCUCGUUUGUCCCAGAUGUCAUCCACCAGAAGCAUUCGUCAUCGAAGAAAGACAAUGUUGUAAUGUACAUCUUCAGGACGAUCUUCUCAUACACAAGAAAGUGGAUAUUUCAGUCAAGGAGAAAUUGUGCCUAAUAAUUAAUGGGAGAAUUUUAAUUAUUUCGCUCUGAACUAAAUGGAAAUCCUACUUAGACACUUGUUGUUUGUAAGAAAACACGACAUUUUAAAAGCUUGAAGUAUGGGAUCUAUGAUACACAUGUACCGUUAGCAAUAUGUCUAAAUUGAUAGAAUCUAGUUUUUUUUACCUGCAUUGUUUUCUGCUGGUCAUAUCAUAAAAUACGUUUACUUCAAUUCAACAGCACGAGGAAUCACCCAUUUGGUUUUUAAAGAGAAAUAAAUGCAAUAAAUAAGUGAGUUGCCCUACUCAACAAAUUACCCAAGAGCGUUUUUAGCCGUAAAGGGAGUAAGAGGAAUCGUUUUUUUCUAUAAGGGAACAACAAGGGAUAUCGAAAAUGACUUACCGUACUAUAUUCUUAUGCUAAAGCAGCUAAAUAGAUUUUAUAGUGUUAUCAUUGUAAAAAAAUAUACAAAGAACUGGUCCUGGUUGCAGUUCUAGACAUUUUUGAAAGAUAUAUAUUAUAUGUACAAUAGAUUAAUUUAUUUUUAUUGUUUAACAACAACGCAUAUGUAUGAACUUGUUUUUAUUGUAUAUAAUAUUCUUCUUAAAACUAA